UCCUGUUAUCGUGAUGUAUAUUCGCGAAUGACAGCACAUUCCUGCUAUCAUGAUGUAUCCCAACCUCAUACAUCGAUUAGAAAAAUAUUCGCCAAUGACAGCACAUUUGACACAAAGAAGCGACACAUUUCCUGCACGAUUCCGUCUUCACUCAGCAGUUUUGCAAACUACUAUAAAUAACAGGCUGCACAAAUGCAUGCUUGUGAAUGCCAUGCAUCAACAAGCGAUUACAUCAACAAAACCAUCGAGGUCCAUCGAGAUGAAGUACUUAAAACACAUGACUGACACACCGCUCUUCAGCCGUACAUAAUCCAUCAUAGUUAACGGAACGGUUAUAUUGGACAGGUGCUUAGGAAAUGGAACGGAUUCCCUUUUUAAUGCAUGGAGAACAAGUUGUUAAAGGACUGUUAAGUCCAAGAUAACAAAGCCAUCUUUUCAUUAUUGAAGGUCUUUAAUCUUCCCUUCCAAAACCAAAUGACUGAUCUUGCUUGGUCAAUAAAGCGAAACAUUUGCUGCAAAUGCAAAUUCCGAUUACAAAAAACUGGCCGAUGAAAAAAAUUUCCCUUGUUAACUUCCUAUUGAACUGAAUAUGAACUGAAUUGUAAUAUCUUAUUUCGUAAGGUAGUAGGACUGACAAGUUAAUCUUGGAACCAGAUCUCCUUGUGGCAAACUAAAUAAAUCACAAGCGGAUGAAUGCCAAAAUUCUGAUGACCCUGGCAUCAGGGAAAAGGGAAUUUCCGGGCUGGGCUGUCACUGCUUACGAGCAAAUUGCGCAUUUGCACGAGAUAUCUCUUGUGCAAGACGAAUGGCAAUAUCAUGUCCAAGAACACAACAACCUCGAUCCCUGAAAUGGACCUAGGCGUUUAUGCAAUGUUUAUUAGCCAAAAUGGGCCGGAGGAAGGGGAAGGAAUCGGGGUGUCAUCUUGUACUGAUUUGACAAUGAUCAGACUUCCCUGAUCAGGCACAUAGGGUCGCUCGUAGGUCCCAUUACAGUGGGCGAACAUUAUUUUUAGUUCUGAAAAUUGGUACUACGAUGAACUUCACUUUGACCACGUCUAUCAAGCCCCAUUGGAGUUGGUUGUUUUUAAUUUUCAUAACCUGUACUGACGACUUUAAUUUUCUUCAAUGUUUUGCUGAUACGUUCUAUAUUGUAAUUCGGUCUGAAACGCUCCACGACCACUGUGAAUCGAUGAUGUCAUACGCUCUUUGGACUCGGAGGGAUUUUCCCAAGAAUUCUGCCGUCCACUCGUCUAGAGGGGAAGGGAUUUUUCUGUGUCCACUCCCUUAUGGGAUUUUUCCCAGACGUUUUGAUUUCAAUUUAGGUUAAUCCUUAAAUAGGUGUUCGGUAAACGGUUAUGCCACAUUCAAUCGUUGCUGGUGAAGCCGGGAAUUUUAGAGUUCGCAGUUAAGGAACUAGCCCUUACUUUCGCUCUAAUAAUGGCGGCAACUGGCAUCUCGUGUCAAACUGGUGGACCGACGUUCUUUUAUAACUACAUCACCAGCAUAUCAGGAAGUGGUUUUACAGCUGUAGGACCGGGAGCACAAGCUAAUAAUUUCCAGCAAUCACCAGCAACAGAGGAUGUUCAUGUCCAGGAACACAGUGCUAGACACGGAAGUUCAAGGGACAAGGAACAACAGGAACCAAUUUAUAAUGGGACGUAUAUCUACGACAGAGCCAAACCGGGAAGAAAGUCACUUUCAUCCGAGAAUAACUCUGGAACGUAUUGCUUUCCCAACAUAAACGAGGCAUAUUACCAGCAACACUUCGGCCCAAAGUGGAAUCCAAAACCAAGUAAAAGGAUUCUUGCCCAACAAGGGGUCACUGAUGCUAAGUCUUCCAUAGCAUCAUUUCUCGAAGAUGUAGAAAAAUCUGUGGCGGAUUUCGACAACGCUGAUGGACCGCUCAAAGAGGAGAAGGAGCAGUUCAUACUGCUUCACAUUCUGCCGUAUCUGGAAAAGUCCUGGGGUAAAUCGGCUAACGACAAAAUGAACGCGUACAGGAUCCUGGCCAAGAUAAGCAGUAGUCGAAGCAGCGGUGAAGUGGUUAAACAAGCCCUGCUGCAGCUUCAGUAUCUGCUCUUCAGAGAUAAGCUCGAAAGUUGUCAGCAGAAUCUUCUGAAGGUGGAAAAGAUUAUAAGGUCAUCCAUCAACUCUCCGGAAGCUGUUUUCAAGGAGGAAGCUGACUCAGUAAAAGAAAUUCGACUUUCUGUUUACCAGCGUAUCUUAUGCUUGAUUAUUGUCCAUCAGAUUCAAACGGGUUUCUCCACCGUGGCGUUCAACAACGAUCUGAAGAAACUCCGAGAAGAAUUGAAAAUACGCUCCGAUAAGAUCAACUACAAGAAAAAGAACUAUUUCCGUUAUUCCAUGGAAUUCAUAGAAGAAGCGAUAAGCUAUUUGUUGAAGCCCAAUAACAAGGUGGCGGCCUCAAAAUUAGGUGGCUGCCUUGAUCAAUGCCAGGGCUUAUUUGAGAAACAAGACUUUGAUGUAAUGGACUUGACGUUUCUUCGAAAGUUAAAGAAAAGUAGAGCUGUCGUGAAAAAGACGAAAGCUGGGGAAUGGUUUGACCUGCACUGCAUCAUGUGCUAUCUGCAUGGAAAGGUACACAGUGAGUGUCCUAAACGACAGAUGCGUACUGAGAGACGAGCAAUGAUUCUUCUAAGGCGUAUCCUUGAAGCCUAUCAAGAGGAGGGUGGUGGAGAUGAUUGGAGGUUUUGUUUGUUAGGGGCAUCAAUCCUGUCUGAUGUGGCAAGGAAUAACGUCACGAGAGAGUUAAGAAUCGAGGCUGCGAGUUGUUUGAUAAAUCUGCUAAAGGACAAGAAGCUACAGAGGAGACCAGAAUGCAGAGUAAUCCUAGAGCGUAUGUCUUCAGAGGUGCUGUUUAGUCCUGACCCUUUCACGAAGAAGCUCUUUGCAAACCAUCUUUUUGAGAAUAACAAUUUACUAGACGCGCUUCCAGAAGAACUGCACGUCCAACGCCUUACGACCUACUACCGAAAUCAGACAUUAGAAGUCAACAAGAUGACCAUCAGCCAAGGACAGAGCUGUUUUGUCAAACGUGGCAUGUUUCAAAGGAAGGAAGUGGUCGUGAAAAUCCUUCACAUGACAAAACAGGACAUUCUGGAAGGUGAAACUCAGGACCAAUCGGAGACAAGAGAUCGUCUCGUGAGAGAAGCCUACAACCUCAGUCGAUUGAGAGUUCAGAAACAUCCCCACAUAACAGUUCUUCUUGCUUACAACACUGAGAGCUUUCCGUAUCACAUCAUUACAGAGUUCGAGAGAUACGGCAACUUACUGCAGUUUGUUCAAGCUUCGCGAGAAGGCAACGAGCUUUUGCCAACGGUCCUGCUGCUCAAAAUGCUCCUCGACAUAAUUGAAGCUCUUCUGCUGUUGCAAAACCAAGGAUUGGUGCACCGAGCUGUCAGAGCCGAGAACAUUCUUGUAGGCGAUGAAUACGUCUGUAAGUUAACUGGCAUGCACUCUUUGCGACAGCUUCAAACUGAAUCCACUGCCGAAGCUGAAAAUCCGGAUUCUCAGUAUAGCUAUUGUUCACUGGAUGAUGGUCUUCCAGAAUUCAUCAGCACAACAGCUGAGGAGCUGCCGAAGAGAUGGCAAGCACCAGAGUGUCUUUUGGAGCACCGUUAUUCCACUGCCUCUGAUGUGUGGGCCUUUGGAGUGCUUAUGUACGAGGUGCUCACAUAUGGGUGUGGCCCAUACAGAAACGUCCCAAUUGACGAUGAAGUCAUCAGCCAGGUUGUGUACAAAAGACACGUCUUGCCGCGUGAAUCAUGUUUUGAAAAUGCAGAAUAUGACAUAAUGAGGCAAUGUUGGGAAUGGCAGCGAAGAAAAAGGCCAACCCUUGCUGACCUCAAAGAGAAGCUGGAGAAAUUGCAAGAACAUGCAACGAAUUCAGAGGAGAUCCCGAGGGAUGACCCGCCACCACUAGAGCUGCACAUCAAUUACACUUCCUUCUUUCAGUCAGACAACGGUGCUGAUGAUUUGCCAAAAAGAUUUUUGGGACAGGAUGGUCCUUUGGUAAAGGAAAGGAUCACUGGUGCAGAUAAACAGCAUCUGAAAAAGCUGCGUACUCUCAACAAUCCAAAUCUUGUCAAGAUAUGGCAGAUAGAGAACUUAGAGUCCCAUUGCCCAGUUGUUGAAAUGAUCUCAAUAGACUCUACCCUUGGGAACCUGAAAGAAUACGUCCUUGACAGACGAUGCCAGAAGGGCGACAUAGUUAUGUUCUUGUCCCAAGUGGCGAGCGCUCUGCACUACCUUCAUGUAAACCACAUUGUACAUGGAGACAUUCGCGCUGAAUAUGUGAGCGUGUUGGCACCAAACAAGAUUCACGUCGCCCGUCUGGGUCGCUCCAAAUCUUUGCCUAAGAGGGCAGAUGAUGUCACAAGUACGUCAUGCGUCAUUCAAAGUUCCAUGCCUUCUGAUUCGACUCGCUGGAGCUCACCAGAACUGAUUUUAGAGAACAACUAUUCUCACGCUAGUGAUGUGUGGGCGUUUGGGAUCUUAGCGUGGGAGUUGUACACUGCAUUCGCCACUGGUCAGGAGAGAAGAGGAUAUUCCGUGCCUUACUGUGACCUUGUCAUUGACGAGAUUCUCCUUCACAUAAGAGACAAGGGACCGUUGACCAAACCUGAGGGUUGUCCCGAUUGGGUUUAUAUCAUAAUGCAUCAAUGUUGGACCUAUGACCCAGUGCAGAGGCCGCCAUUCAUCGCCAUUUUUGACUGUCUUACGAGCAGGCAACCGAUGACGUCCUGGAUGAUGUCAUUGUGGUUGAAAAAUCACGAGAAAAGUGAGUGGCCAGACCUGUCAAUCAGUCAGCCUGAAGAUGCUUACCAUGUGUCAAUCAAAGACGAAAACCACUCCGAAAGAGCUAUCGAGGAAAUGUGUUCCGAAGGCUUCUUUACAGUACACGGUUACAGAUACGUUCAGUGUAAUGCUACAGCACAGCGAGUACCCGAAGAACUGUAUGACGACUUUAAGGGGAAGGACUGCACUCAGAGCUCUUCAUAUCUGCAAGACGAAGAUCUGUAUGAGGAAGCUCUUACCUGUCAGCUUCGUGGCGGUUGUAACCUCAGAAGCCCACAGGAACUCCCCGAUCCGAACUCUUUCACUAUUGACCCUCGGUACAAAAAUGUAUGGGUUGACGUCACCAAGACAGAUCUGCAAGAGGAGGAUCCUUAUGACGAGAUUGCUGGUCAAUAUGAUGACUGUUUGCACCUGAUAAAGGAAGUCGUCCACUUGAAGGACGUCUCCACUGAGCCUCACUUCCAGAAUGUGCAGAUUGGCGUCACCAAGACAAAUCUGCAAGAGGAGGAGCUUUACGAUGACGUAAGAAGUACAAAGGGAGUCGUCGAUUCGAAGAUGGUCCCCCCUGAGCCUCGCUGCCAGAAUGUACAGUUUGGCGUCACCAAGACAGCAGUUGACAUGGUAACCGAGGUGCUGCGCGAUGACGAGGAUUACGACGAUAUCUCGUUCGAAGAACAGAUAGAAGAAGACCAAUCCCUUUACGAGGAGAUUGGUAACCAAUCUCCAGCUUUGUGCCAGUCGUCAAGCACAGAUGAACACUCGGAAAAUUGUAGCUCCGAGAACGAACAUUCUUAUAUCGCAGAGGACGUUGGAAGUGAAACUGCCGAUCCAGAGGAUGAAGAAUUGUACGAAGAGAUAGCAGGCGCCGUAACCUCAAAUUCUGUUGAGGCCUGUAGUUUCAAAAACCCUGGAAGUAGCGGCUGUAGCGAAAGUUCUGAGGCAGUUGGCUGUGACGAAUUUACUAGCAAUCCUGAACACGGUUCAGUUUCUAUAGAGGGAGAGGUACAAAACCAUGAUGACCCGGUUUAUGCCGAAAUAGGAAGCUUGCAGCUGGCAGACAUACGGUUGAACCAUAACGCAGGAGGUCAAACUACCCCAGACAGCCCAGAUACCCCAGGGUAUAGAGAGCUUAUGCCAAGAGAGUACAUGUCACUCAGAAGGGAACAAGCGUCGACUUUGAACCCAAAGGAUGCCAGUCCUGCUAAGAGAGAUGUUGCAAAGUUAAAUAACCGUAGGCGCCGUUGUAACAGUAAGGACACCACUGAGAAUCAGUUUGGCGUCAAGGAACGAUAAGAAAGCCAAAAGCUAAACCAGCAACAUGUCAACAUGAACACACUCGGGUGAACUCACAAAAAAACGUGCAGACACUAACCGAAGUGAAAAGCACAUUAUUCGUCUUUCACUGCAGUAAUGUAUGUUUGAAAGACGUUUUGUAGAUGUAGUUGAAGAGUUUUUGCAGGCGUUUCAAAGCCUCAUAAUUUCAAUUUAUCCACCCGUAUUCUUUGAAACAAAUGAUAGAUACAUUCCGUCUUUGCUUAAUGCAUUUGUGUAUAUUGUUGCACAGCGGUCAAACGCAAAAAUUACUCCUCUUUGUUUCGAAGAGUUUCAAGCAAAACUUUGCUAGACUUUGGCAAGAAAACGGGACAGAACGAGAAGUGGUACUCAAAUUACGAGCCGCUAAACUUGUAAGUAAAUUAAAAUUGUUAUAUUUUCUCAUUAUUUGCAGCGGAAAAAAAUCUUUUCAAUAUAUCCUGUACCAUUUACACUUAAUUUACAUUUGCUAGCUGGACUAGUUUAAGAGAUAAGGUUUAUUAGCACAUCGGGAGGGGUAGACACCUCAGAAAGACCUUGUCCGCUCGUCCCUUUAUGAGAUGGAUGUGUCCUCUACCCAAAUGUAGUUUUAGCCUACGGACCCACUGUUACUCUGUGGGAGGUUUCCAAUUUGAAGAAGUUUGAUUAUAUACCUAAUAUGUUUUCCGUAAUACCGCCAUGUGAUCUUCCACUACCUUACCGACGUCUCCCCAGGGCAUCGUGACUUUUUCCGUCAAAUCGGGAAGGGGUGACUUGAUAUGGAAAGUGGCCUGGGGUCAAUAUUGGUGACAAAUUACCGAGGGUGGUAAAGAAUUGUGUACCUUGCAUUAACACAUAUUCUUAACUUAUAGAAAACGUGUUAUUUUUAUAUCUUUUUAUAUUUUAUAUAUUCUUAUGUUAAGAAGAGUGUAUUUUUUAAAAGAAUCGUAACCAUGCUUAAAACAUACACCGAAGAUUGAUCUUGGUAACCGAAUCACCUUUGUUUAGAUUGGUCCAUCUUUUCCCUUAGUUCAUAGCGCGAGAAGCGAAACAAAGGAAAGUAACAUUAUUGCGCGAAAACUGAGGCGAGACGCACGCGCAUCGUCCCCAGAUUUCGCGCGGCUAUUUCUCUACUUUACCAUUACCUCUAAAAGGGAGUUAGAGUUACAUAGCUGUGGUAAAUUACACCCGUACAUUGAGCAGAACUCAAUGUUCGCCAAUCAGAUAAACGUGCAAUAUGAUUUGUAAAUGAAUUGAAAGAUUUUUAAUAAAAAUAUUUUUUGUUGAA